UUUUUUUUUUCUUUAUACAUAUGGUAUUAGUCCGUGGUUCGAAUUUCAAUUAGUGACGAGAUCAAAUCGUCAGUAAUUUUUCUCAACCAUCGCGACACUGGAAAUCACUUGGCAACUCAAACUUUAGAGCCAUUUCAGUAAGCUUCAUAAUACAUCAUUCAUUAUACCAAUGAAACUAUACAAGAUGAUAGUCGCCUCCAUCCGUCGAAUAUUUGCCUCGUUUAGAACUGAAGAAGAAGAACGGUCAUAUUCCCGAAAGGCCUUCUUCAACUUACUCGGAUUCUUAGGUAGUUGUGUUAUGUUUUCAUUCAUGGCUCAGAAAUUGAGUCAGAAUAAUAUCCGAGAAUUAAAUCAUAUUGCUCGAGCCAAUGCCUUGAUCCAAGCUAUACAAAGUUAGAAGAUAGUCUACUUCCUUAAUGAUUGAUGAGUUAUAGAAUAUACAAUUGAUAUAUAAUAUUAAUACUAAUAUAAAUAUAAAACU